AUGGGCGAAAACUCCUUCGUCGGCCAGGGUCAAAGCUCAAGACCCAGUUCCUACCAUGCCCUCCAGCUGUUCAGCAUGCCGGAGGAGAUUUACGACUUGCCCAUGGAGGAGCGUCGACAAGCUGUACAGAAGCUCGUAAAGAGCACCGGGCCAGAGGGCUUCCCACCGAAGUGCCUUACGACCCCGUCAGCCAUUUCCUGGACUGAGGAGUUCGCGGUGAUGGCCGCCAUGCUGGUUUGCAUGGGCGGGCCCCUCUUCAUGUUCGCUCUUGGAUUGGCUGCUGUCUUCCUUGGGACGUGGAGAGAAAAGGCCGCUUACUUACUCCUGGCUACAGUCCUUGCAAUCCAUCCUCUUCCAAAAGCUGGAUCGGCGCUGUCCGGCAAGCUGAUGAAGUCAAAGCUUACGCAAUGGAUGAACAAGUACUUCUCGUACAGGAUCUUGUGGUGCGAUGACGACGUGGAGACCGCACGACGAAGUAUUCCCUGGAUUGGCGUUGGGCCACCACAUGGCGUGUUGCCUUUUGCCAACAUGCUCAGCAUACCAGCCAUCAAUGAGGCUCUCGGUUGCCCCUUUGCUGGGGCAGCUGCCAACGUUGUUUUCAAGACCCCCGGGCUGCGCUACUUGAUGGCCUACGGUUGCGUUACUGCUGACCGAAAAGAUAUGCAGAAAGCCCUCGGUCGUGGCCAGUGCGUGGGCAUUUUGCCCGAUGGAGUCGCAGGAAUCUUCAGGACCAACAAGUACCGGGAGCUGGUCGCCAUGAAGGAUCGCAAAGGACUGGCCAGGCUAGCUUUGCGCAACGGAACCCCACUUAUUCCAGUGUAUUCCUUUGGAAACACGAUUGCGUUCUCAUGCUGGUAUGACCGCUGGGGAAUUCUCGAAGCCAUUUCGCGCAAGUUGCAGGCGUCCUUUUUCCUCUACUGGGGCCGUUGGUUCUUGCCCAUUCCAUACCGGGUUCAAAUCACCAUGGCAAUCGGUAAGCUCAUUGAAGUCCCAAAGGUAGAGAAUCCCACGAGCGAGCAGAUCGAUGAGCUCCACCAGCGCAUGAUGACGGAAAUCCAGACCACAUUUGACCGACAUAAGGAUUGCAUAGGAUGGGGUGACAAGGUGCUAGAAUUUGUGUGA